GGCUCAAGGAGCUGCUUGAGCCCAGGAGUCUCCCCCUUGGCGCGCCUAGUAGUAGGUGUUGAAGGCGAGCAGGCUGUACGACGCCUCGCCGCCCUCGCGCGAAACGCGCCGCGCCCGCCCCAGCGAUGGCAGGAACGAGCCCGGUGUCCGAGGCGGCCGCCCAGGACCCCGGGCCCACGAUGGUGGAGGAGGGCGUCGCGCCCCCAGCUGCCGCGGAAGUGGCGCGGCCCGUGGCAGGCCGCCGCCUCGUCCGCACCGCGCUCGCCGCGGCCACCGUGCUGCUCCUCGGACCCGCCGCGCUGGCCGCGAGUCUGCACCACGCGUGCGCCCUCGGCCUCCGCGUGGACGGCGUGCACGUCUCCGCGCCGGAGGGCGCGGACUCCGCCGACGUGAUGCUCGACGCAGGCUUGGUGCGGCCUGCCUGGUCUCCGCACCGCGCCUGGCUCCGGAGCGCCACGCGCCAGCUGCGGGUGCGCGACCUGGACGUCGCCGUCGAGGCCCCGGACGCCCAGCAUCAGGGCCCGUCGCGCGUCAAGCUCCACGCCCGCACGCGGGUGUCGCCCGCGGGCGCCGCGGCGUCUGCGCCCGGCGGGUGCGAGGUCACGUCCAGCGUGGACAUCUUCGGCCUCGGCCUGCGCGUGCCGUGGACGGCGCGGGUGCCCGUGGACCUCGCGGCUGCGGAGGCGCCCACGAUGUGGGUGCAGCGCAGCGGGAGCGUGGCGCGGAAGGGCCCCUGGUCGCUGGAGAGCCCCAACGUGAUGCUGGAGCAGCCGGCGCUCGUGGGCUGGCGGGUGCCCGCGGGGGGGCUCCCCGAGGCCCUGGACGGCCUGCUCGGGAGGGCGAGCAUCAGCCUCGACGCCGCCGUGCCCUACGAGGAGAGCGGGGACCGCUCCGUGCGACUGACACAGGCGGUCAACGCCAGCCUGGUCAUCGAGAGCGACGGCGAGGGCGGCUACCUGGUCUCCGCGCCAGCCCUCGUCACUGGCCACGUGCGCCCCGCCGCCUUCGCGGCCGCCCUCGGCAAGCUGUUCGUCGGCGACUCGCGCGGGGAGCGCGGCGGCGUCCACCGCUCGGUGCGGAUGGCCGCGGUGGCGCCGUCGUCGCUGGCGGCGCAGUGCCUGGGCGCCUCCCACGCGGUGGGUUGGCGCAGCCGCAGGGCGUCGGCCGUGCACGACCUGGCGCGCGGCGCGAGGCGGCUGCUGGGCCGCCGACUGGCGAGGUCGCUGGGGGGCUCCACCGGCGAGCGCCUGGUGCAGCAACCGCCGUGGGACGACCGUCGCCUGACUGGCGAGAGCACCACCGUGACGUUCUCGGAGAUGGCAUACGCAGAUGGGUCCGAGAUCGACAUUGAACUCAAUGCCACCAUGACCGACAACGCCAUCGGUUUCGACUUGCAGUACGGGAUGGACGAGGCGACCCAGUUUGAAGUGCACCUGUUUGCCGCGGAUUCUGCCGAGGCAGGGGAGGCCCCCCUGGACUCAGCCGUCUUUUUUUCAGACGUGGAAGUUGCCGAGGUCGAGUUUUCUUCAACCGACGAGACGACGCUCUCCGUGCUAAUCAAGGCCCCAGACAGUGGCGAUACCAUCGCCAGCGACCCCAGUGAUUCCUCCAGCACCUUGCUCGACGCGUCUGCCGGGGCAACAUACACUGGCGCUGACACGGAGGACGGCACCUUGGAGGUCACGGUAAGCGUUGAAGGUGAGCAGAUCGGCGGCUUUACGAUUGACGCCUCUCUCUCGGUUGCCAAUGACCCCGCAGGGCGGGUCGACGUCGACGGCACCCACGACGACGCUGGCUUGACUGCCGUCGCGUCGGUUGAAGUAUUCGAAGAUGGCAGCUAUCAGCAGUUUCUCAAGCUGGACCCUUUGACUCUGGUGACGAAGAGUACGAAUUACACGGUCCACACCACCAUCCGCGACAGCGAAGACACAGAGAUGGGUACAGUUGGCGUGUCGCUCACCAAUGAACCUACCAGUGGGCAGGUGCAAGAUGUGGACAUCAAUAUGUUCAGCCCCAUGGACUCCAGCCUCAACGUUACCAUGUCCGUUUCAUUGGCCAGCGGACUGCUCGAUAUGCUCACAGACGCAGCGGAGAUUCCGCGCCUGCAGGGUUCGUGCACCGUGGAUGUGGAUCUGCACAACCAGCACAUGGAUUUGGAGCACCAGAGUCAGGAGGAGCGAUUGAUGCAGCACUUCGACGCAAAGCUCGGCGAAGUCAACGCUAAGCUGGGCGAGGUCACGAACGAGCUGGCUGCGGAGAGAGAGGCGCGUAAGGCACUUGAGAAGAAAGUGGCUCAUUUGGAAGAGAAGCUCGACGAAAGACAGAGGCAACCGAAAACGUUUCGCAUCGGGGGCGACGAGGAGGGCUUGUACACGCGUGCUGCCGUCAUCGGAGGUUAUGGCGAGCUGUCCGACGAUGAUGCCACGGCCCUCGUUAAAGCUGCACUGGGCGACACCCAGGGCCUCGAGGAAGUAUAUGCCAACAGCCCUUUACCUCCAGUGACGUUUGCGAAAUUCCACGACCAGAUCUCCAUGCUAAAGUUUUUACGCAAGCAGAAGAGCAUCAAAACGUUCACUGAGAAAAACUUAUGGGCCUCCUCGAACAAGCCAUUUGAAGUUCGACGGCGAUCGAAGUUAGCCAGCAAGAUCAAGAAGUACUUGAUUGAGCAUGAUUUGUACGAGCCUGGCGACGUGAAGGUUGAUUACCGCAAGUUCACAGUCCGUGCAAAAAUCGAUCGCAAGUUUAUGCUCUUGGCCACGGUGGACGAGGACGGUACUCCGGUGUGGGAAGCUGACGAGAGCAAGAUCUCACACUUGGUACGCGACGCCGUGGAGGGGGAGCGCCCGCCGGCGAACCCCGCCACUACCGAGCCUAGUUUCGACGAGGACGAACUGGACAUCGCCAUUGACCGGAUGAAGAAGAACAAGGCUGCAGAUAGUAAAGGUCUCGUCGCAGAGCUCCUGCAUCAAAGUCCGCCGCUCUUUCGCAGUACUGUGCUGAGGUUGUGCAACCAGUUGUUUGCGCACGGCAUCGUUCCAGACGAUUGGAGACGCACAGUCUUCAAGAUGCUGGAGAAGAUGGCAAGUGCUAAAACAGUUUCGGAUUUCAGACCUAUUACAUGUCUGCGGCUGUUCUACAGGUUGUUCUCCUACCUGGUCUUGGGCAGGAUCGAAGAUGCAUUGGAGCAUGCACAACCUGAAGAACAACAUGGGUUCCGGUCCGGUCGUCGCCUCGAGGAGCACGCGGUCACUGCCAACAUUGUCUUUCAGAAAACGCUCGCCGUAGGAAUGCCGAUUUGGAUCAUCAGUUUGGACUUGUCGAAAGCUUUUGACAAGGUGGCAUGGGAUCCACUGUGGCAAGCACUCCGUGAUCACGGGGUGUCCGACCAUAUGGUUCGGCUCAUUCGACAACUCUAUGCGGACCAAGUGGGUGUGAUUGCUGGCGAAAGCACUUACAGUGAUGAAUUCCUUAUUUCUGCUGGCGUCCGCCAAGGGCGCGCACUGAGUGCAAAGUUGUUCACGUCCGCCAUGGAAUGGGCAAUGUCGCGCUGGAAGCAGAAAGUUCGGCAUCUGGGAAUAGAUCUUGGAGAUGGUGGAGAGCAUCUGACCAACCUGCGCUUCGCAGACGACUUGCUUCUAUUCGCAUAUUCGGAAAGGGAGGUGUGCUUCUUACUCGACGCGCUCGUGUCGGAGCUGCUGAAGGUCGGGCUUGUCCUUAACGCGAAAAAGACCAAGGCGCUUACCACUACAGCACAAGCCCCCUCCACGAUCCAGACGCCGAAUGGUCUGACAAUCGACGUGAUCAACAGGGAUAUGAUAGCAGCAUACAUUCAGCUAGGCAAUGGCAACUCGGCCAUCGCAAUCGACCAGUUCGCCAUGUCAUCCAGUGGCACCAUCAAGGACGAAAACAGCGAAAAGAUCAUUGGAUGGGAUCUGAGCGCCGACGUAUCAACUUCCUCUCAAUCCGUGGAUCUGACUGUCGACAGCGGAUCCAGCACCUUCCUCGAGGUCGACGUCUCCUUCGCCGAGCUCCCCACGGGCGAUUCGGCCGCGGGGGAGAUCCGGCUCGAAGGCGAGAGGCUGGUCAAGUGGGACGUCGUGUCGGAGACGUCGGGCACCGCGACCACCUGGGACGUGGACGUCUGGGACCCGGAUGGCCAGCUCCUCGCCGUCGACGCCUCGCUGACCGAGGGCGACCCCUCUGGCUCGGCGCUGCUCCGCGGGAGCGCCGCGGUGCGCCUGGAGAGCGGCCAGGCUCCCGAGGCCCUCGGCGGCGUCCGGCUCGAGGUCCUCACCUCCGACCUGUCGACGCCCUUCUUCCAGCUCGACGCGGGCGUGGACUUCACGGCGGCCGGCGGGCUCCGCCUGCUCACGGACUGGGACGCCUCCGCGGAGGCGCAGGUCUGGGACCCGAGCGACACCGACGCGGGGGUGAUGAUGACCGUGUCGGUGACGGGCAGCAGCUCCGGGGGCGUUUUCACGUCCGGGAUGGCGAUGGAGGACAACGACGGCAACCAGUUGAUGAACUGGUCUAUCGUGGGAACGAGCAGUUCUGACAGCAUCACUUCCCAUGGGAACCUCGGGGAUGUCAUGACCGUUGCACUGGCCCUCACGAAGCCGGACGGGCGCCUUGACACGAUGACCGAGAUGGCCUUGACGCUGACGAUGGAGAGCAUGAUGGACGACGAGGACGACUACGAGAUGGAAGUAACGACGACCCAGCAGGGGCAGACGACUACGUACGAGGACGGCUGGUGGAGCGAGGCGAACGGGGAGGAAGACGAUUGGGACCUGAUGGGUACGGAGAACGUAUCUAUCUCAGUCAGUCUUGGUUACGACUGCGCAGACACGUGGGAUGCGACUGGAAGCUUGAGCCAAAACGGGGACACGUACGUUUCAGUGGAGGCGCACUUGCACGAAGAGUGGGUCUCAGUGACCUCGUGGGCCAAUGAGGAAAUCGGGGAUGUGGUGGGCGCGGGGUUCAUGUACGAGUACGUCAACGCCAGCAUACCGACUUCCGACUCCAGCGACAUGUGGGAGAUCAACUACAUCCAGACCAGCGACUUCAUCGAGACCACCAAUCUCACCUGGCACACGGAUGACAGCGCUGACAUGACCGAUGGGCUCACUGUGUCUUCCACGCCGGUGUCUCCCACGCAGGCGCCAUCGACGCUGGCCACGCUGGUCGUCUCGGGGAGCUUCAGGGCCUCCGUGGCAGCCUCCGAGGCCGAGGACUUCAUAAGCAACUCCGACGUCGUGGACUCGUUCGUGACCUCGAUCGCCACGAGGGUGGGCAUGCCAGAGUCGACGGUGGCGGCGACGCUCUCGGUGUACAGCGACCGGAGGCUGGCGGCCAGAGGCGGCCGGAGGAUGACUGCCGAGGCCGCCGAGAUCUUGGUCUCCUACACCAUCACCGCACAGGUGGGCUCCUCUGAGGGGGCAGGCGUCAUCAGCCAGAGCGCCUUCGACAGCAUAGUGGACACCCUGGAGAGCACCACUGCGGAAAACUUCGUGGCACACUUCAACACGCAGCUUCUGGACACUGGGUCUGCUUCUACCUUCUCGGCAGUGGCGGCGGUGCCGAACUCGGCAACGGCCCCGACGAUCGUGGAUCAGAGCCCAGCGCCGGAAAGUUCUGGCGCCUACGCAGCAUUCCCGCAG